AUGAGUGCCUGGUUUGCUACCAUUAUGAAAGAUCCACCUUCGGGCCAUGUUAUUGUGGAAGAGGAGCAAUAUGACAAAAUCCACCCUUUUUUGAAGAUAACUUAUGGAGGUAAUGAUGCUGUUGGCUGUGCUGUCAAUAAAUGUGGAGAAAAAUUCUUUGUAGCUUGUUGCUACAACUAUUGGCCUACCGUAAAUUAUAAGCCGCUUUAUAUCACAGAGGAUGUGUGCAGCCAUUGCAAAAAGAACUACCAGGUUGAGGAUUGUAGUGAAUAUGAUCGUUGCUUCGAAACUCUGUGA